UACAGAAUCUAUGAUUCAGGACAUCAAUGAGAGGUUUGGGUCCAAAGUAAGGGAAAUCAAUGAGAAAUUACAAAGUGUAGCACAAAAAGGUGUUGCUCUUGGUUUGAACCCCAGCAUGGGAUCUGGGUCUUCAAGGCCCAAGGUAUUCAGUGAAAGGCCACCGACGAGUUCUGUGGUGAAUAGAUCUAAAGUUUUUGGCAGGGAGGAAGAUACGUCGAAGAUUAUUAAAUGGCUGCUAUCAGACGACAAAACUCCAAGUUCCAGUAAAAAUGAUAAUAAUUUCUCGGUGCUGCCCAUAGUCGGUAUGGGUGGAGCUGGAAAGACAACCCUUGCUCAGCUUGUUUAUAACCAUGAGACAGUUGAGAAGCAUUUUGGUUUGAAAGCCUGGGUAUGCGUAUCGGAAGACUUUGAUGUGGUCAGGUUAACCAAAGAAAUUCUCGAGUCAGCCACUAACUCAACCCAUACUUCUGAUUCACUAGACAAGCUACAGGUGGAACUUAAAAAAGCAUUGAGCAACAAAAGAUUCUUAUUGGUUUUGGAUGACAUGUGGAACGAGAACUACUUGAGAUGGGAUGCCUUAAGCACCGUUUUUGCAUCCGGAAAACAAGGAAGCAAGAUAUUGGUUACAACACGGAACAAAAGUGUGUCAUCAAUCGUGCACACUGUUCCGAAUGAUCAUGAUCUUAAAGGUCUAUCAGAUGAGGUUUAUUUUGCAAUGGUUAAAAAGCACGCUUUCUUGGAUGAAAAUUCAUCUGAUGCAAAUAUAAUGUUGAAAUCAUUUGGACAAGAAAUUGUGAAGAAAUGUAAGGGUUCUCUUUUGGCUGUAAAGACACUUGCUGGACUCUUGCGAGAUAAAAGGAAUAACAGUGAGUGGAAAGAUAUUUUGGAGAAUGAAAUAUGAGAUUUAAGAGAGAGUGAGAUCCUUCCAUCGCUCAUGUUGAGCUACCAUCAUCUUCUGCCAGUUUUGAAAAGAUGCUUCACUUAUUGUGCUUUGUUUCCCAAAGACUACGUAUUUAAUAAGAUUGAAUUAGUUCUCUUGUGGAUGGCGGAAGGUAUUGUUCAACCAAAA